UAGCUCAAUGGCAGGUCAGACGGGCUUCAUUUUUUCAAGUGACGUAACUCAACGACGGAUUGGGGGCAAACCUUUUUUUACUUUUCCGUAAUACAGCUGAACGAUAAUUGACUUAAUAGUAUCGAUUUAGAAAUUUAUCGUCGUGAAGAUCGGCCGAAUUUUAAUGUAUCCGGAAAAUAACAGAUUUCUUAAUGAGAGGAGAAUCGAGCACACUGAUUUACCUGUCAAAGGUCAUCGUGUCUCUACUUCCAUGCCACCGUUGACACACACGUUGACAGCUGCUUAACCUCGUGGUUCUUUUCUCCCUUUUCGGGCGUUAUCUUCCGUUAUCAAUAGCGGGUAAUACACCGCAACGAUAAAGUCCCGCUUCGUGACAUAACGGAGGAAGAUAAUGCGAGCUAUUGUAUUGGAAACUAAUGGAAAUCGCAGAACAUAACCUUGCGCGUACCAAUGACAGCACGUUUUGAGUUUGGCAAUAAGAUUAUCGUAAGAUCACGUAACGAAAACUGACGGAAAUCAUAGACAUGAUUAAGGCAAUUUUGGUAUUCAACAACCAUGGGAAACCCCGUCUCUCGAAGUUUUAUCAGUACUUUAACGAGGAUAUGCAGCAGCAGAUAAUAAAAGAAACAUUCCAACUCGUCUCGAAGAGAGACGACAAUGUGUGUAAUUUCUUGGAAGGCGGUAGCUUGAUCGGUGGAUCCGAUUACAAACUCAUCUACCGGCACUACGCUACCCUUUACUUUGUGUUCUGUGUUGAUAGUUCAGAAUCAGAAUUAGGAAUCUUAGAUCUGAUACAAGUCUUCGUCGAAACACUGGACAAAUGUUUUGAGAAUGUGUGCGAGCUCGAUCUCAUUUUCCACGUGGACAAGGUUCAUUAUAUACUCAACGAAUUGGUGAUGGGUGGUAUGGUUCUCGAAACCAACAUGACUGAGAUCCUCACGAGGAUUGAGGAUCAAAAUAAAUUAGAAAAGCAAGAGGCGGGAAUCACGGCAGCGCCGGCACGUGCUGUCUCGGCCGUGAAGAAUAUGAAUAUACCGCAACAAAUAAAGGACAUGAAGCUGCCUGACUUGCCGCAAGCCAUAAAAGACCUCAAAUUCUGACCAGCCGUUACUUCGUUGGCUCCCAGCUGACUGGUCUCUUCUGUCAUCCCGAGUGUAACUGACACCAUCACCACCACCACCACCACCACCACCGUCGCCGCGCCGAGGACACUUUUCCCUUCCCUUCAAGCAAGCGAGAAUGCACCAAUGCUGCCUGCUACCUCCGCGUAUAUCCCGUCACAACGAUACCAAGGUUGAAGGCCACGGAUGAACCACUACCUGACAGUAUCUUCCUUGAGCUAUGGUUUAUAUGAAUAGAGAAAUUAAUCGGAGAGAACGAGAGGGAAAGAGAAAAAAAUGCCUAUAUAUAUAUACACUCACAUAUAUAUAUGUGUGAGUUGAGUCCUGAGAAAAUUUAUAUGUACAAAAAAAGAGAGAAAAGAAAUCAGGCAACCGUAAGGAUGAUCCUUACAAUUUUAUACGUAAAAAAAACGCUAGAAAGUACGUGUGUAUAAAGAAGAGAUACUCAAAUUUACGAAUUCCGCGCUAUGUAAUAUCAGUUUUUUUUUUUCACUUUUUCGAAAUAGUCUAGUGAGAUCCGUCUUGCGUGAGGAACACAUUCACCGGAAAUGCAAAGCACCAAUGUGUUGGAUUGUAACAAGAAUAUAUUUAAUGCAAAGCUA